CUUAUCAGUCCGUAUCUGCAGUUGUAAACAAUAUGGCGAUCAGGGGGCUACAGAAAUAAGUUGUAACAGCAAUAAGCAAGAUGGAGGAAGUAAAAAGCCCCACAAAUGAGUUUGAGCUUUUGGGAGACAUGGAAGGACAGGACUCACAGGAAAGCACAAAUGCAGAGGAAGAAGAAUUCCCAAGUUCCAAUGAGCAGUUGUACUUUGGAGGCCUUUUCCCACCAUCAAGUAGUUUUUACAGGGGUAGGCCUAAGCCAGAGGACACCUCCAAUAAUUACAGGAACGUGACUGCCGACUGGAAGAUGUCACUCUCCCGAUCUCCAAUACAGAACGACGAUGUCAAUAAAUACAGACUGGAGAACAACCAGCUCCGCCUACAGGUCAAACAACUCAACCUUGACCUCCAGUCAGAACAAGAAUCCCUGUCUCAAGUGCGCAGAAGAUUAAAUGCAGUAGAGAAAGAAAGACUUGAAGCAGCCACUCGUUCAAAUGCAGAGAUCUCUGAGUUGGAGAGUCAGGUUGCCAAAUUGAGGUCACAGCUGGAGAAAGGGGAGGCCACCCGACAAAACCUAGAGUUUGAGCUCACAAAAUGUCAGCGAGAAAUCAACCACCAAAGGAGCUCUUCCUACGAAAAAGAAACGAAGCUUACUGACUUCAAGGACCAAUUACAAGCUAAAAUUUCGGAAUUGACAAGGGACUUGCAGGAUACCCAGCAUCAGUUAGAGAUUGAAAAACAAGGAUCAAAAGAGACGGAGGCUCAGCUCAAGAUGAGCAUUGAGGAGAGAAAUCAUUCAGUGUCAAAAUGUCACACAGAGCUGGAUAUACUGAGAGCAGAGAGAGACAAACUGGAUUCUCUUGUUUUACAACAUGAAAGUGCCAUAUCUGAGUUCUCAGAAAAAAUACAAGAACUAGAAAGUGAAAGAAAAAAUCAAACAGAAAACCUUAGAAGAACUUUAACAGAAAUUGAAUAUGCAAAGGAAAGAGAAGAUAGGCUUAAGAAAGAUUUAGAGAUGUCCCUACAGAGGCUUCGUACAGUGGAGGAAAACAUUGAAGCUGAGAGGGCAGCACAUCUAGAAACAAAGUUCAACUCGGAAAUCAUACAGCUUCGAGUAAGGGACUUGGAGGGGGCUUUAGAGGUAGAGAAGUCGGCCAAUGAUGAAGCUAACAAGGCAAUAGACCGACUCACUAAACAGAUCCGAGAGCUGGAGCAUUCAUAUGAGGAGGAGCGGAGGAAUAACAAGGACACUAACACCAAGCUAGAUAAGCUGGAGAAGGAGUAUAGUUCUGUGAAGAGACAGCUGACAUCAGAGGUGGAGAACAAGAAAAACGUCAUACUAAACCUGUCAAAGGAACUGGAGGUCCAUCAGAAAAACUUUAAUGAGCUCAAAGAGGAGCUAUCUAAGGCCAAGAAGAGGCAGAUUUACCUGGAGGAGACGUAUGGAGGAAGUAUGAGGGAGCUGGAGCUGCUACUGAACAACUUCCAGGUGGACGAAAAACCCAAACGGGCCUCAAUAUCUAAGAGUAAGAAGGAUAGUAAAAGUACGGCCCCAUCCUCUGUCCUGGAGACUCUACGAGUGACUCUGACUGAGUACAAGAAACGCCUGGAUGACACCACAGAGGAACUUGUAAAAAUGAAAAAGUCCAGCGAUGCUCUUCAUAAAGAGAUUGACCAAUGUAAGGAGAUGAUCUGGGCAAAGGACAAAGCACUGGAAGAUGCUCAGAAGAACUACACGAGGACAGCCAAGGAGUUGAACCGAGUGAGAUCAGAGUACUCAGAGAUGGAGAACAGCAUGGCCAAGAUGAGAAUAACUCUACAGAGCUCCAGUAGUAACUCCACCAAGGACAGGAAACGAGUGCAGGAACUGUCAGAGGAGAUUAUGAAAUUGGUUAAAAGACAUAAAGCAGAUGAUGAGGAGAAGCUGGCCUUCCUGCAUGGUAUGUACCAGCGCCUGCUGGCCGGCCGGGUUAUGGUGCCUCCUAAGGAUACCUCCAUCCAUCAGUUUACCUGGGCUGACCUCACUAGUCUCGUGUAUGAACAGAUGUGUAACUUAGUGACCACUGCUCAGAGAACUGAUGAGAAGAUAAGACAUCUUGAAGAGGCUGUUAGGAUGAAGGAGGAUGCUUUGGAUGACAUGCAGAAAGCUCAUGAAGAUCAGCUUAACAAACUGACAGCAUUGACCAAAGAACGAGAGAUUGCCUGGAACAAACAGAAAGAGGAAAUUGAGGCUCACUACUCACAACUGCUGAAUGAAAUUCAGUCUCGGUCUAAAAAGAGUCAGUCAAUGGCGGAUCAGGCUUGGGAGAAGAUAAGGAUGACUGGCACGGUCCAACAAGGGUUAGAGACUGAAUGUUCCGAUCUGAGAAAUCACUUAAUGGAAGCCCAGAAACAGAACCGGGCCCUGCUGGCUACCUGCAGUCUCCUGGCCGGUGCCCUGUAUCCCACUUUUUCCAGAUCCUCCCUCCUGGCAAUCCAGAGAAACAUGCUGGAGGAGCAGAUGUCAAACUGGGAGUUUUGUAGAGAGAGAAUGGAGCUUCUGGUCACCACACUCAGUGCAGAGAUGAAGGCUGCCGCCGGGGAACCAAGUAAGCUGGAGAAACCAGCCAAGAGGCACCCCCUGCUGACCUUCAGAGUGGGAGUGGUGGCUGUAUUGGCUGCUAAUAGGCUGAGAUUCUUUGGACAGAACUGUAACAGAAUGUUUGUGACUUAUGACACAGUGAUAUCCAAUAUGAAUGGAAUAGUUGUAUGUACAGGGGGAGUGAAAUCAGCAUUAAAGGCUUUCCCAGGAGAUACAGAAGAAAGAAAUACUGGAGAGAUGCACAGUGCCAUUUUACAAUGGUUGUCCAGCACAGAGCUGUUAAACACUGCCACCACUUCAAUGUCUGAGCUUUUAGAGGUCACAGAUCAGAUCAAGGGCAAAGAGAAAGCAUCAGCUGUAGAGAUGAGAGCUGUUGUCAAUGCCGCCAGGAAUUCCUUUACCAAGCUGGUGGACAAAUUGUGCCGACAGUUUGAGGGAAUUUCCCCUCAUCCUGGUUUAGGUGGUAGAGAUCGUAAUUCUCUUAUCAGGGUUCUUGGGAGAGGUCUCAGCAAAAUAUGUGUUGGAAAAUCAGUGGACCAGAAAGGACAAAUGGUCCCAGCUCAGGAGUUACUUGGAGCUCUACAGACCCACAUUCUGGAUUUUACUCAGAGGCUGCACACAGUGGAAGUGGAGAGGAGGCAGCUGGUCCUAGAACUGGGUCGUAUGAAGGACGAGUGUGCUGACCUCCCACAGAAAGAGGACAUAGAGAGGCUACAGGACCAACUCAGCACCAUCAAGGGCCAGGACCUUGAUGUAGUCUCCAUUGAUAAGUUUGAGAGUGUGUGUCAGGAACUGAACAAUGCCUUACAGCGGGAGCAGCAGGCCCAGCAGCUGUUGGUAGAACAGAGUCGUCAGCUAGAGGAGAUCACAAUGAGGCUGGAUCUCUACACAACAGAGGGCAUGGAGAAGGAACAGACUCUCUCAGAGGCUGUACACGGGCUGACGGAGACUAAAGGUGAGCUGAAGAGGAAGGAGCAGACAUUGAGGCAGCUGAACAGACAGGUGAUAUCUCUGGAGGGAGAGAAGAAGGCCCUCCUUACCAAUGUAGCGGAUGCUGAGAAGGCAUUGAGGACUGUAGCCAGAGAUAAGGAAACAUUGGCCCAAUAUCUCAAAGCUGUUACUAUGGCAUUGGAGCAGGCCAAGAAAGAGCUGACCCUGGCUAAGGGCAUCACAGACUUCUCUUGGACUAAAAGGUUACUGAAUGCUGACUUCAUUCCUAGUGAUGUCGGCAAGGCUGGGCCAGAGCUCAUUGCUGCACAGAAUUUGGUGGGGGCGUUUGUUGAGACUCAGAACCAGGCAAUCAGUAAGAUCAAGUCUCUGGAGGAGGAGAUAGAUACACACCAACAACACAUCAACACGCUGAAACGGGAGCUCAGCGACGCUGUCCGCCGCGAGUAUGACGAGAGUGCUGAAAUUCCUACACGUGACCACAAUAGAGACAUGGAUAUGACUCAGUCAGAAAGUUUCUUGCCAAUCAGAGAGGACUCAGAAAUCUCCUUUGGUAUGCCUAAGGCAGCUACACCCAAGUCUAAGAAGCUGGAUUCAUCUCUCAGGAGAUCAGAAAGUGAUGCCAAGCGUUUUAUUCAGAAAUGGUCCCCAAAAUUCCAGACUCCAGUUAGGUCUAGUCGAUCGACCAACAUCCGUCCUAAAGCAUUUGAACCACACGGGAGGUAGCAGAAUGUAAAGGGGGACAACUCUACAGGGUUAGCAUUCCAUACUGUCAGCUGUGAUAUAUCUACACAAACCAAAUAUACUCACUCAUUUCUUCUGACCACAUAAUUCCAAUCAAAAUCCACCAAACAUCUGUCAUUUGACUGGGAUCUGUGGUAGUCAUAGCCUUCCGAUGUAACAGAUCCAGAAACCUGAGGAUUUUUGUGUAAGACUGUCUUUGUGGUGCUAUUGUUACUAAGAGAUGAUAUUGUUCUAUUGUAUGUGUGUAUCUGACUAAAUGUUUAGAAGUUUAUAGAUGAAAUUGUUAUGCUUUCAACAGAUUGCAUUUUAAUUU